AUGAGCGUCCCGCUUCCGGUGCUAUCCAACCCAUGUAUCGCCGCUGCGUCCAGCACGUCCGUCUACCUCAUUGGGAUCCCAGGUGCUAUGGGAGGACACCUACAAGUAUUCUCGAUCGCUCUAGACGCAACACUCGACUCCCCAAUUGCUGUCCCUAUAGGCAAGGAGCAAGUCACCAACACAUGGGAGGUACAAGCCAAGAUGGCAUGUUUCUCGUACGGGGCCAUUACAUCCCCGCAUGACACCGUCCUCCUUGUGCAGGUCGGGGCAACGAGGACAGACGUCGCCAACCUCCGCAGCAGUGGUGUCUUUGAUUACCCGGUGCAAAUCCCAGACUCGACUCUCAAAUCGACCAAGCUGUUGACUCAGGUGGGCUCUUAUUCGACGUUUGCCUGGUUCACGGGGUUUACUACCACCAAUGCAGCGUCCGCCUGGAAAGGAAUGCGUUUUUUAUCAACCAACGUGUCAGCCUAUAUCAGCGAUGAGCAAAUCACACAGGCACCGACAAAAACGCCGUUCAUGACUGUGGGCACUUAUGAUAUCAGCUCCAAAUCGUCGUCAACACAAGGAUACUCAAUCGUCUUUGAUUCAGUAAGCAGUGGAGUCGUGUAUCCUGCAACGGGCAACGCAGAGUCCCUCACCGGAGCCGUCUCCCUCUCGACGCCCUUCGCGCUCGACAUGCAGGGCAUCACCCUCACCAACAAAAGCAUUCCAGUCACUAUGGGCAACGUCGCCUACAUCCUCGACGAGGCAGCGGACAGUUCCAUCGUCGCAUACACCAUCAUCCCCAGUACAACAAACAAACUGAGCACAAUAUCAAUAACAGGAAGGGCACCCUCGUUCCUCACGGUCCAAUCCGCCACGUCCCUUAACAACAAAAUCGUCGUCUAUUCUGUCAACAACUCAUCCGUCCCAUCCUUGAACGUCUUUGAUUCCGUCGCCAGGACAUGGAGCGGACCAGGACUGAUCGGAUCCGGUACCUCGAAACCGAUAUCCAGCACAACCGGCGCAACAACAAUGCCCAACAACGGGAAUGACAACGAGAGCAGGUUCCCGGUUGCACCUGUUGUAGGCGGUGUCUUAGCGUUGGUGAUAGUAGCGUGCACCGUGUUCUGGAUUACCCGGAAUCGUCGACGACGUCGGAGGGAACAAGGAGAUGACGCCAACAAUACGGAUGAGAAUGAGUCUUCUACGCAGAAGCUGGAGAUGGAUCCACGGCAACAGAAACAAUCAGUCCUCACCUUGCAAGAAGAAACAGGAACAACCUCAUCACAACAGCAGCAACAUGCAGCAUAUCCAGCGGCACAUUACCCAUCAGCACAUGCAACACUCAAUAUCCAUCCACACUCUGCACCUCGUGUUCCUAAUCCUGCGCCUCCUCCAAGGAAUGAUUAUAUGUCGCAACCCCAGCCGCCAUACAACCCCCAAUAUAUCCAAAAUACACCUUCCAACCCGCAACACAAGGCGGAAGAAGAGCCACUCGGAUGGAAAUAG